CCGCGAAUUGCGUGCAGAAGCGUUGAGUUGAGCUGAGCUGAGGUGGGGGGCAGCGGGAGACGUUGCGCCGGUGUUUGAUUUGAACUGUGGAGCUGGGGCAAAUUUGCAAGCAACGGAUGGACGGACCUCGGAGAAGAAUGAAUGCGUGCGUGCAGCCCCGAGGGAAGAAUUAUGAGCUCACGAGGAGCUCCGGUCGUGCACGAGGGCGAUGAUCCUCGAAUGUGAGGAAGGAAGGAAGGAAGAUUGGUCGAUCGAUUUUGAUCGAAUGUGCGUGUGGCCGUGGUUCGAAAAUCCAUUUCCGCGCGAGGAGGAGGAGCAUUCGACUGCGCAAAGAUGGACGAGUAUCAGCACAUGGAGAGGUUUAGCAUGGAGAACGAUUACACCGACGGCCAGUGGGUCGGUGGAGAGUAUUUCUAUCGGAAGCGGAAAGAGAAGCAUAACCAGACGAAGGAAGAGGCGUUGUAUGGAGUCUUUGAGGAGAGCGAUUCCGAUGAGGAUUCUUCCAAAAGAAGACGGCGUGGGGAUUUGAUGAAGAAGAGUGAUUUGACGAAACCUGUAGCGUUCGUGUCGACUGGGAUCGUGCAGCCCGCGGAGGAGGCCGAGAAGGUCGCAGCAGAUGACGAAGAAGCGCAGGCGGAGAGGCCGGGAUUAGGUUCAGGAUCAUCGGGGUUCAAGGCUGCCAUGGCGAGGAAUGAUGAGGACGAGGAUCAAGAUCUUCUGCCCACUGCAUUCGGUCGCCAAAUUCUCGAGGCCGCCGAGAGGAGACAGAGACAGAAGGAGAAGGCUCAAAUUUCAGCAUCCACGAGCAAAGCUUCGGAGCAUGGCAUUUCUGGAGGUCCUGAGGUGGGCACAUUUGAGAAGCACACGAAGGGAAUAGGGUUGAAAUUGCUGGAGAAGAUGGGGUACAAAGGAGGUGGGCUGGGUAAAAACCAGCAGGGAAUUGCGGCCCCAAUCGAGGCCAAGCUUCGACCUGUGAAGAUGGGAAUGGGGUUUAACGAUUUCAGGGAGACGAGCACUGGCUUGCCACCUGCUCCCGGGGGCACGGGUGCCCAGGAGAUGGUCAAAGAAGUGAAAGAGAAGCCCAAAGAGAAGCUAUGGCACGUGAGGAACCGAAACAAGAAAAAUAAGGAUUAUGUUACGGCAUCGGAGCUCCUCUCACAAAAGCAGGGAGUGGAGACAGUGCAAACUGUGCUGGAUAUGAGAGGGCCUCAGGUGCGGGUUUUAACAAAUUUAGAGAGCUUGAAUGCAGAGAAUGUUGCCAAGGAGGAGAAUAGACCUAUGCCUGAGCUGCAGCACAAUAUCCGCCUCAUAGUAGAUUUAGCUGAAGCAGAAAUUCAAGUGUGUGACAGGAAGCUGGCACACGAAAGAGAUUCCAUAGUGAUCCUGAAGAAAGAAACAGAACGGUUGCAGAUUGAGGUGGCUACUCAGAAACAACAAAUAGAUGUCAUCGAAACCAUCAUGGGUUCAAUACAAAAGUUGCAGGAGAAGAUUGCCGCUGGUGGGAUGAGUCUCGAGUCCAUGGCUGGUUCGUUCGCUACUCUGCAGGCAAGGCAUAGGGAAGAUUACAAAGUUUAUGACGUAGGGAUAAUUGCUCUGUCAUACGUGCUGCCCUCCUUGGUGUCUCUGUUCCGUGGUUGGGAACCACUUCAACAUCCGCGUCAUGGCAUUGAGAUUAUGAGCGCAUGGCAAGGUCUCCUGCAGGGCGAUGAACCAAAGGAUUACUCUGUUUUUCCGGAUACAGAAUCUGCAUACGGAGGUACUUCUUCACCUUACACUCAACUAGUGAUGGAGGCUGUCAUGCCUGCGGUCCGCACAGCAACUACGAAUUUUUGGGAACCACGGGAUCCGGAGCCGAUGUUGAGGUUUCUCGAAGCAUGGGAUAAGCUGUUACCUUCUGGAAUCCUGCAAAACAUCUUGGAACAGCUGGUCAUGCCGAAAUUGUCAGUAGCUGUAGAUAUGUGGGAUCCUCGUCAAGAAACAGUACCCAUACACGCCUGGCUUCAUCCAUGGCUUCCGCUUCUCGGUUCACGUAUGGAGGGUCUGUAUCUGCCCAUAAGAUACAAGCUUACCACUGCUCUCCAGGCCUGGCACCCGAGUGAUACGUCAGCUUACUCCUUGCUGUCCCCAUGGCAGGCUGUUUUUGAUGCUGGCAGUUGGGAGCAGCUGCUAGUCCGGUCGAUUAUGCCGAAGCUCAUGUAUGCACUUCAAGAGUUAGUCGUGAAUCCUGCCCAUCAGCAGCUAGAAGAAUUCAAUUGGGUUAUGGCUUGGGCCACAGCCUUGCCAGCCCAUCACAUGGCCGGAAUGUUGGAAUCCGGCUUCUUCCCAAAGUGGCAGCAGGUGUUAUAUCACUGGCUGUGUUCAAAUCCCAACUUCGAUGAGGUUACUCAAUGGUACUUGGGCUGGAAAUCGUUGUUCCCCGCGGAGCUGCUUGCAAAUGAGAGGAUACGGAGGCAGCUGAAUGUGGCACUGGACAUGAUGAACCAGGCCGUCGAGGGAGCUCCGGUUGUCCAGCCAGGUGCGAGAGAGAACGUAAGCUACCUACGAGUCACAGAGCAGCGCCAUUUCGAGUUUCAGCAACAAGCGGCCUUCACCAAACAACAACAGCAACAUGCGGCGUCCACCUAUGGAGUCGACAGCUUUGGAACAGAAAAUAUCAGUCUGAAGGAGAUUGUGGAGGGAUUUGCUCAAGAUAACGACAUCCAGUUCGUUCCGAAGCUUGGGCGUGUACAUGAGGGUUUACAGGUAUACGCAUUUGGUGCGGUUAGUGUAUGCGUCGAUACUGCCAAGCAGAAGCUGGUUGCUCAGACAGGAGACACAUGGGUGUCUGUUUCCUUGGAUCAGCUUCUGGAAAUGAACCGCAGUCGAAGCGGAAGGCGGUGGAAGUAAGUCUUUUGAUCUGAACCUGGAUGCAUGAGAAGCUCUGCGUCUGCAAUCGCUCGUGACAAGAAACUUGGGAAACAUGUUCAAGGAGCAGUUUGUUUUUCGAGAACGUCUUUGAAGAAUCGAUGCAGAGCUCGCAAACGUCGAUGCACAAAGUCCAUCGACCUUUGCUGGGGAGUUCCUUCGUCCGCGGGAAACUGCGCAUGGCAGCUGUCGAACACUCGUUGAUACCUGAGUACUCGACAGACCGUGGAAUGAAGAAGUGAGUUUCGUUGGUUUUGGCGCUCUGCCUUCUACCUCUCCACCUGGUUAAAUCGAUGGCAGACGUGCCGAUGGAAGGUACACGCCGAAGUCAAGCCAGAAGCGUACUGGUGUUUGGAGCGCUCAAUACAGUAUCAGGAUUCGCCAGGUGAAUUUCAGCUUCUUGAUCUCUUAUGAUGAAGCUCAUGAUCCGCGUGAAGCAUCGUUCUGGAGUAUUGAAGACACCUGCUUCUACAAACAAGAGGUGAAGGGAUGAUGGAUAAAUCAAUUUAUUGCCUUUCAAGGACCUGUACAUGGAAUCAGAUUGCGAGGAUUCAAAAAUCUCCUCUGGCGCCAGAGGAGAUUUUUGGCAUACAUUGCCGUUGAUCAUGAUUUGGAACAGGGGUCAGUAUAUAAACUGACGAGAGGAACCUCAUCCCUCCAUCAAUGGGCCUAGCUGGUAGUAUAUGUCGAAGAUUUGGCGUCGUUUAUGGACCCUUCUGAAUCAGGGGUCUGCCGAUCUUGUUCUUCUGUAGUUCGUAGUUCGCAGAAUCGCAGAAAAGAACCUUAAAGUUUUUCUGUACAGAAGUGGAGAACUUUGAACUGAAGCUUCUCAACCUCUAGCCGAGAUCGUACUCACUUCUGAGAGAUGACAACAAGCUUAAGGUUUGCUGACUUCUCAAGUUCAAAGUGAAGUCUGUGAACAGGAAACUUUUUUAAAUAUCUGAGCCACCACCGGUUCCAUUCCUGAUCUAUUCCAGGAUAAAUCUCCAUGUUCGAGGAAAGCAUUCGUCGAGUCCCAAGAUUAUUCGACUCUUGUAAAGAGUACCAAUCUUCUCCUUGAACCUGUAGCAGUCCUCUCCGUAAGAAGUAUUUGUGUACGCUUACUUGGGGGUGCAAUCCAUCAUAUCUUUAUAACUUCAGUGUUUAUCCACGUUGCGUCUACUGUUUUCAGUAGACAUAACCUGGAUUGUAUUGAAGUUACACUGGCCAAACCAUAUCUAGUGAGUAAAGCUUAGCUGAAUCUCACGUUCCAAUCCCUGCACUUCCCACCUAGUUCUAGAGUUGUAGACUUUUCCAAGUAACUGUUUCCAAGAUAGGGAGUAUGGAUGUUACAAAAACUUGAUUUGGCAAUACAUAUAGAUUGACUGCAGGUGCACUCUGCCCCUGCCGGGUUAAUCAUUGAAACGUGAAA